CAAAUCGACAUCUCCCACUUCCUGCAAUUCAACCACAUCCCAUGCUCUCCCUCCUCCGUCACAGCCGUUCCGGCCUUGUCCCUCGUCGUCUGUUCUCAACAACCUCCAGAAUGGCUUCCAAUACUCCCGUCGAAGAUGCCGUCCGUGAGAAAAUCACCACUGCUUUCUCCCCCUCCAAUCUUAUAAUCCGGAAUGAUUCCCAUCUCCAUGCGCACCAUGCGCCGAUGCGUGGGUCAACGUCCAAGGAAACGCACUUUCACAUAACGAUUACCUCCGAAGCAUUCAAGUCGAAGAUGCAGCCGGCCCGUCACCGCAUGGUGUACGCUUUGCUAAAGGAGGAGAUGGACCGAGAGGGAGGAAUUCAUGCGCUGCAGUUACGAACUCGGACGCCGGAAGAGGAGCAGAGGGAGAAGGAAAGAAAAGCGCAGGCAUAA